GAGAGAGUGGGGCGGUGCCGCCCGAGGGCAGAGGAAUGACACGCAUCCGGUUUUGAAAUUCCACAGAGCCAGGCCAAGACCGAAACAGCAGAGAACAACCCAAAAAAAAAGAGAAGAUCCAAGGAAUUCAGACACUUGAAGUCGCCAGCCAGAACAGGAAGAGCCAAAGCAACUCCAUCUUUAGUGAGGGGCAGAGGGGCAGCCCCCCGUGCCGAUGGCGACACUGGAGCUGGACUACUUCAGGGCCGUGUCCCUCUACCGUCGCCGCUCCUACGAGCAGUGUGCGGAGCUGUGCAACGCCCUGUUGCAGGCCGGUCACGACAACAAUGUCCAAAUGUUUGCCACCAAAGAGGGAGGGGAGCAGGAGGAGCAGCAGCAGCAACAGCAGGCGGAGACCGAAGGCAGCCGCAGAUUCGGUAGCAAUUUGCAACGCAUUGGCCCGAGGCAGCAGCAGCCACAGUCGCAGCAGAAGGCCGUCGCCGCAUCCAUCAUGAUGCCCACUUGGCUGAUGGAGGGCGUGUGGCAAUUAAAGAUGCGAGCUCUGACGCAGCGCGUCUACCUGGAUGACCUCGAGGUGGAUGAGGCUGGCGAGGAGCAAGCCCACGAGGAGGUGGAGUUCGAGCGCAUUGCCACGGCCGCGCGUCCUGGCAGCAGCAUCAAGACCGCAUUCCAGCCGCGGCCGAGCACCAGCCAGCGCCUGGCGCAGCGCAGCAGUCGAGGCGUUGGCAUGGCCCACUCCAGCGAUGGGCGGCUGAACAGCUCACGUCCGGGUUCCGCGGCCGUGGCGCGUCCUGGCACGAGUCUGAGUCGUCCGGGAUCUUCGCUGGGUGCCCGGCCAGCAUCGCGCUGCGGCACUGCGUCGCGGGUCAGGGCCACCUCAGCGGCGGCUUUUAAUGUGGGCGAUGCCACGUCGAAGCUGUAUCAGGCCUCACGCCUCAAUCCCACCAUCUACGCGGAGCGUGAGACGCUGGUCAAGGCGCUGUUUCAGUUCCUCUACUACCACGAGGCGGAUGUGCAGAAGGCGCAUUCCCUCUGCCAGGCGGUGCUCGAGGUGCAGCGGCAGCGACCCAUUGCCACAGGCACGGACUGGUGGUGGCAGCAGCAAAUGGGACGAUGUCUCCUAGCGCUCCACUAUCCACGUCGCGCAGAGCCCUGCCUGCAGCAGUCCCUGGCAGCCUUUCCCCAUCCGGACACUUAUUUGCUGCUGUCGCGGCUCUAUCAGCGCCUCAAGCAGCCGGAACGCGCUUUGGUUUUGAUCGGGGAGGUGGUGGAUCUGCGUCCCUUCGAUGUCACCUAUCGCCUGGAGCAGGCGCGCAUCCAUCAAGCCAUGGAGCGGCAGGAGGACUCGCAGCAGUUGUAUCGCCUGGUGGCCCGCCUGCAGCCCAUCAAUGUGGAGGCGCUGGCCAGCAUUGCUGUGGGCUACUUCUACGACAACAAUCCGGAAUUGGCUCUCAUGUAUUAUCGUAGAAUACUCUCGCUGGGCGCACACUCGGCGGAGCUCUACUGUAACAUAGCGCUGUGCUGCCUCUAUGGCGGACAGAUUGAUCUGGUGCUGCCCUGCUUUCAGCGCGCCUUGGCCAUGGCCACACAGCCCGAGCAGAAGGCGGAUAUUUGGUAUAAUUUGAGCUUUGUGGCAGUGACCUCUGGUGACUUCAAUCUCGCACGUCGCUGCCUGCAGCUCUGCCUCACCUCGGAUGCGCGCAAUGGCGCGGCUCUGAACAAUCUCGCCGUGCUGGCUGCUCAGGGUGGAGACAUUAUGGGCGCCAAGUCUUACCUAAAUGCCGCCAAAGAUAUGAUGCCCGAUGCGGAGGAGGUGACUGGCAAUCUGCAAUUUAUGGAUAUGCAUUACAAAUUGUAGAGAAAAUCGCGGCACACGCGGCUCAAAUUUACGUUACCCAACACUGUUUCAAAAUAAAUUAAAUUUUCACCAAAUAAACGGUUCAUGGAGCAGCUUUUAUUCAA